AUGGCCUUCACUCCUAGGGGCGGACGCGGCGGCGGCGGCGGCAUGCGUGGCGGUGGUGGCAUGCGUGGUGGUCGCGGCGGCGGAGGUCGCGGCGGUGGAAGAGGUGGUUUCGGUGGUCCUCCUGGCAGAGGUGGCGCUCGCGGUGGUGCCCGCGGUGGUGCUCGUGGCGGCCGUGGUGCUCCCCGCGGUGGUGCUGGUGGCCGUGGCGGUCGCGGUGGCGGUGGUGCGAGGGGUGGCCAGAGGGUCAUCAUCGAGCCCCACAGGCACGCUGGUGUCUUCGUUGCUCGCGGCAAGGAGGAUCUUCUUGUUACCAAGAACUUGACUCCUGGUGAGGCCGUCUACGGCGAGAAGCGCAUCCAGGUGCCUACUGGCGGUGCUGAGAACGGCACUGGCGCCAACGGCGAGGCUGCUCCCGCAACCACCACCGAAUACAGAGUCUGGAACCCCUUCAGAUCGAAGUUGGCUGCUGGUAUCCUCGGUGGCAUGGAGAACAUCCACAUGGGUCCUGGCAAGAAGGUCCUUUACCUCGGUGCUGCUUCCGGUACCUCCGUCUCUCACGUUGCUGAUAUCGUCGGACCCACUGGUACCGUCUACGCUGUUGAGUUCUCCCACAGGUCUGGCCGUGACCUUGUCAACAUGGCCACUCACCGCACGAACGUCAUUCCCAUUGUCGAGGACGCCCGUCACCCGCUCAAGUACCGUAUGCUCGUCGGCAUGGUCGACUGCAUCUUCGCCGACGUUGCCCAGCCUGACCAGGCCCGUAUUGUCGGUAUGAACGCCCACCUUUUCCUGAAGCAGGAUGGUGGUGUUGUUAUCUCCGUCAAGGCCAACUGUAUCGACUCGACCGCUGCGCCCGAGGCCGUUUUCGCCCGUGAAGUCCAGAAGAUGCGUGAGGAGCGCAUCAAGCCUAAGGAGCAGCUUACCCUUGAGCCCUUCGAGAGAGAUCACGCUAUGGUCGUUGGUAUCUACCAGCGCAACCAGUAA